AUGUCUUCUGUUUCUACUUGGUCAAAACAACCACUAUUCAAAGUUUCUUUGAAUAAGAAAAGAAUUAGAAGUAUAAAGAUUAAAACACAUAAAAACAAUGUCCAGUUAAAGAAGCAAAGAUCUCAUCAGUUUAUAGCAGAGAAUUUUAAGCUAAAGAUACCUUAUCCUCCCACAUGUCUACUUAGGAGUAUAGAUGCUGAGUUACGUAGGAUAGAGAUUAAGAAGAGUAUAGUAGCACAAGACGUUAAUUCUUUAUUUAAUGUAGAGUUGACAUGGGAUGAAGAUAAUGUAUUAUCCGAUGAUGAUAUUAAUGAUGAUAUAGCGUAUAUAAACUACUCUUCAGAAGAAGAACUACUUUUUAAAAAGUCUUUGAACUCUUUUAUUGCAUUUAGAGCAUAUAAUGCUCAAUUUGGAAAUGGCCUUAAUCAACACCUACUAUCUCAUUUACUAUCACUAGCUUGGCAUUCAGCACCAGAACAACAUCAUGUUUGGGACGUCUUCGCGCAACAAUUUAAUUUUGUCAAGCCCAAGUGUGGGUUUGUGGAGUGGGUAGGGCAAACAUAUGAGCGGGAGUGGUGUACCGAAUAA